AUGAGUUUCUUUCAAAACACUGUCAAUCUUUUACGAACGUAUUUGCCAUCUAGAAGUUCUUCAACUUCAUGGCUAUUUACAGUAAUAGUUCUUUUAUUUCAUGUCUUUUUCUGGGUCCUGGCAUAUUAUUUUAAAUGGCCCUUUACUAGCUUUGGAUUCUUUUCCAUAUACGGGUUGAGACAUACUUUUGCUGAUGGUCAAAGUGUAUUUAUUUCUUAUAUUGGUAUUCGAUUUCAUCGUCCGUCCUCUUCUAAUCCACAUUUUUUAAGUUUGGUUCUUAAAGGCGUAACUUAUACUUUAGUUCCCGGGAACAAUGAUCGUAAAAUAGCUAAUGAAUCCAGUUCUCCGGUGGCCUCGGGUGGUGAUUUUGAAUCUACUAAAGUUCUUUCCUCUAUUCUUGGACAACUAGAACAAAAAUGGCUUCGACUCUUGAAUGCUAGGUGGAUAAAAUGGAUACAUAUUUCUUUGCAAGAGUCACAAGUAAAUAUACCUUUUGUUGGUACUCUGGAUGUAGGAAAUAUAUCUACUGAAGUACUGCCUAGCAGGAAUACAAUGGGAAUUGAAAAUAAUAUGAAAAAAGACGCGAAGGGUUCUCGUUUUAAUUUUUCUCUGAGAAUUUUGAAUCUGCUUUACAUUGACCUCGAAAAAAAGAAUCUUCAAAUUACUGAUUUUUUAGACAUCAACAUUACGAGUCAAUAUUCGACUAACGAUCCUGUUAAUACCAUCAGCCUUGACAAACUCCGUUGCUCUGUGAAAAUUGGAGUUUUUUGCAUUGAUUUGGAUAGUCCCUUAUUCAAUUUCUUAAAAGAGGGCCAAUCAUUAAGUAGUGCACCCAAAGAAGGUUCUUCUAUGUUAGUCAAAGAUAGUUUCGAAGCGUUCAUAGUGAAGCUAACAGAAGUUCAAAUCCAAAUUGGUACUUUUAAAUUAUGGAAACGGAACAUGACAGGUCUUGGAGCUACAUACGUUUUUAAUGGUAGUGACCUGGGCUUUACGCUCAAUUUGCUAAACGUGAAAAGCCCCUCCCACCGAAUGUUUUUUUCGGCGGACACAAUUGUUCAUCAGAUAUUAGCGUCCAUAUUGUCUUUUAGCAUCGAAAAUUAUACUCCAGGUCAUCCUCCUCAUUAUCUGCUGAAUAUUCCCUUAGUUACCAUUACUUGCUUGACAUCCUCAUUGGGGCAGUUUGCAAUUGAUCCGAAUACGCCGGAAAAGUUACAGAAAAGUAGUUUGCGUAUAAACAGUACGCUUACCUCUCCAUCUCUUGAUAUUCGGCUAGAAUUAUUACAUGAUAUUAUGUCUUUGUUUCAGAAAAAGAAAACUGAUACCUCUGCAGAGCGUUCAGAAAUGCCUUACCAAUAUUUUCCUGAAACAAAAGUAUCCAUGUCAUUGUAUGAGCCCGUGGUACGAUUCCUGAUAUCUUCCGAAUCAGGAUCUAAUUUCCCAGGUAUGAUUGUUGCGAAUUUAUCUUCAAUGUUUUUAGAGUUUAAGUACUUAUUUUCGUUGGAGCACGUAUUCGCAAUAAAUUCUUCACUUCGGCUUGCUUCAAACCAUGUUCUCUAUCAUAGUCCGCAAAACAGGAAAUGGCUAAUAAAUAGUUCUGAGAUGAUUACCUUGUCCUUUAACUAUUUUUAUAACAAUAAUUUUGGUGACCUGGAUUUAUUCCUGAACGAGUUUAGAAUACGAAUUGAGGAAGAGGAAGUGGUUAAGUCUUUGAAAAAAUUCCUAUUUCUCUGGAGGUCGCAGUCUUUAGAGCCUCAAAAAGAUGUAGAUGAGCCAACUCACGGGUCUAAUAAUUCAGUUCCUUUUCUUUUCAGGUUUCCGGGUUGGUUAAAAAGCCUUAGAAUACGGGGUAAGUCAGUCUUUUUUAUUGUAAAAGCAAUUCGUCGUGAAAUUUCAGAUGAUCCUCGUGGUAUAAAUUGUCAUAUCGACCAGUUUGAUGGAUCUUUUGAGCCAGGCAAUCCUCUUGGCACACGCCAAUUUAAUAUUGGUAUAGGAAUGUUUCAAGUUAAGUCAAUGAUUUAUAAGGACGAAAAAACAACAUUCGAGCAUAUAUUACUUAAAGUUCCGAAGUCGAACUUUACGUACUCCACGUUGUUCAAUGAUCAAUCGAACUCCUCCCGGUUGACUAUGGAAAUUGGAAUCCUUCGCGGAUUUUUGUCGUUGUUACACAAUUGCUGUCUACUAUAUGCAUAUCAAGCUACUCGCUCUAUAUUCAGUGAUGAUAAUACGGAAAAUACAGAAGAAAGAAGACCUGUCGAUCGCAAAAAGUCAAACAUUAACGGCUUUACCUUCGAAUUAAGAAUAACCAACACUCGUCUUAAAUUCGAUUUGGAUGACAACAUAAAUCUUUUACUUGACGUUGGUAGAUUGACUAUCUUAAAACGUGAUGACAUGAUUUUACCAGAAUUGUUUGCUAAAUUUAUGCAGAUACAUACUCGUAACCCCGAUGUUCCUGAACUAUGGGAUAAAUUGUUUGCUCUUGGCGAUUUUCGUUAUUGCAUUACAGAAUUUGAAAACCCCAGGAAAUUACACUUGGUUAUUUGUGAUUAUAUAUCUCUUCGUAUCCCCCAUAAAUUUGUUCCUUUUCUUGUGAUUGAAAGCGCCAUUAAUACAGUAAAGGCAGCAUUACGUGUUUCAAAUAAGCCUAUUACUAUUGACGAACAACACGAACUAGCUCAGCAACAAAAAAAACCUCGUGUAGUUCCUCGUUUAAAUGUUAAGUCAACCAACUUUAAAUUUGAACUUGAUGAUGAUCCUUUCGAAACACGGCUAUCCAUGAUUUACCGAAUUGGUUUGACUGAGCAAAAGAUGCGAGUGGACCGUUGGAAUGCUUUUGAAGAAAGACUGCGGCUGCUUCGUAGCGCCAAAUCUUCUGAUAGUACAAGUGGAUCUUCGGACGAUACCACCAGGUUAUUUGGUUCCAACAAUACUACUGAUGGUCCUAACGAAGAAGUUAUGAAAAAACGACUUUAUGACUUGGGGAAAACUUUCCAAGAUAUUCUAGGCAAUGAAGAUACUGAUAGUACUUCAUUUUUGGAAAAGGCGAAUGUUAGCGAAGAAGAAGCCUGUCAGAUGUUGAAAGAAUAUGAUUCUUUGUCUUGGAUUUCGAAUAUUAGGCGUAUAAGAGAGUUCAGAUAUAACCGUUUACAUGUGCGUAGAAUGAUAGAUUGGCCAGAAGAGGACUCGCUCGAAAGAAGCAUACACUUCGAUGAAAAACUGAUCCCAGUACCGAUACGACCACCACUUGCUGACAUUGCUUUAAAUGGUUUCGAUUUUUAUAUGGACAGGCCCACGUUUCCACUGGAAGAUCUUCCCAAAUUUAUGAAUAAUGUUGGAAGUGGCCAGCCUCUGGAUUAUGGCUACUCAAUCUAUUUUCCAAUGUUUAUUGAUUGGAAGAUGAGUAAAGCCAAAUUUCGGAUUAGGGACUAUCCGUUGCCGAUGGUAUAUGUUCCGAAAUUAGGUCAGAAGCAAAAUAAAAAUUUGGCUUCUUGGCAUUUUAGGAGUAAUUUUGUUAUCACCGAGCAACAGGCCUCGCUUGAGGCAAUUCGUGAUGUUACAGUACCCGUAAUAUCUGGAAAAGAGUCUUAUUCGGGAUUACCGUAUGCAGUGAAUGUUACACGUACGGUUUCACCCAUAAAAACGUUUUCUGAUACUCAAAUUGAUAUUAACACCUCACUUCCAGUAUUCGUGUUGUGGGCAGCAUCCUAUCAGCCUGCUAUGACAGACAUCACACGUAUCAUAGAUUCGUUCACAAAAAUACCAAUCGAUCCAUCGGAUCGUUUAGGUUUUUGGGACAAGUUGAGAUUGGUGGCUCACUCACAAUUGCGUUUUCGAUGGAAAGAGAAUGGAGACAUAUUUCUUUCCAUAAAAGGUUCUAGAGAUCCUUAUAUGAUUCUUGGUCCUGGUGCCGGUUUCCAGUUCUGUUGGAGUGGUAACGUGAAAUGGGAUAUCGCUUGUGAUGAGAAUUCAGCAAAUUUUAUAGUUGUGGAUAGUGAUGAGUUUUAUCUUACAAUACCUGACUUUCCUCGGCAAAUAAAUGGAAUCCUUGAAGGGCAGCCAUUACCACCGAGGCAAUCUCAGCAUAGCCAUAAACCCCAAAUUGCUUUAAAAGACAUGCGAUGCCGUAAAAUAAUUGCCAAAUUGGUUGGUAAAGUGCGCUGGCGGGCAGGGUUUGUGCCUGAAAGGCACUGUGAACCGGACUGUGAGGUAUGCGAUGGUAAAAUGAAGUGUCGUUUGUGGAACUUCAAACCGCAUUGGGAAAUAAAGACAAUGAUUCCAAAAUAUUGUCAUGAUAGCAAGUAUGGCACAUAUGAUGCCUACCGCAGAUUUCGAAGUCAUUAUUUACAUUGCUCCCUCGCUGUGGAAUCUCCACGAUAUUUGGAUCCUGAGAAGGCAUUUGAAGAUGUUAGAACUUAUAACACAAUACAUCUGACGCCAUUAGUGUUUUCACAUUUCUCCUUAUGGUGGCAUUUGUUUUCAAAUAAUAUGUCGUAUCCUUUGAGAAGAAAGCCCCUUUUCCCCAGUUUUGAUAGUGGUUCUUCCAAAAGGUUUGGCAGACACUUGGCUACUUUUAAGUAUUCUUUAGAAUUGUCGCCGCUACUUAUAAGUCAUAUGUACAAUUAUAAAACCACCAAAAAUUGGCAGGAUAAGACAGCGAGUGCAACAGGACUAAAAGCAAAGGUAGAGCAUUUCUCAGUUGAUUUACAUCAGCGCUCAGAGAAGCAUGAGAUAAGAAAUAAAACAUUUGAAAAAACUCAAGAAACUACUUCUAUGCGUGUUCAUCUUGCAGAGAUUGACUUCAAAACAAUUGAUUUACGCGCUAUUACUGCCUCCUUCGAUGAAGGUGCCUUAGAAACUUCCAAGUCUAUACCUGUGAAUGCUCUUGACGGUCCAGAUAAAGAGUCAUUUUCUUUCAGGACAGUCGAGGGUCCGUCUGCUUGGGUUGAUAUAGAUGACUUUCAUGAGGCUGAUUGGUUACUACCUCAACGAAAUGAAAAAUGUGCUAUAUAUCCUCUCGCUUUUUCUCCAAGAUUUACUUAUUAUCGUCAUACAAAACCGCACAUGAAGAAUGAAAAAGAUGAAAAGAAAAUAGUUGCUGAUACUUGUCGUUUUGGAGAUGAGAAAACACAUCGUUGUAUGAUGCCUGGUCGGAAAAAUCCUAGAACCGUUCAAUAUGAGCUUCUCAAAAAACGGAGGGAGGAACUUUAUGAGUUUAUGAACUCGGAGAAUGAAAGACUCCAGACUUUAGAGGAACUCAUUCGUACACAGUCCUCUGCGAAUUUGAAGGAGGAGUUCCAAUCCUUGAAGAAGAGAGUACUUACCUUAAAUGAUCACUAUCGGUUAUUAGGUUUUUUGCUAGAGAAUACUAAAAAUUUUCCAAACCCUUCUCACAAUCUAUCCGGCCAAGUUGACUUGUCAUAUGCAACCUUAUCUGAAAGUGUCCAUGCUUUCAAUAAUCGAUUUGUUGCCCAUAAUGUACAGAUUAAGUGGAAUAAUUUUGUCAGAAACGCCGUUCUGUCGUAUGUUCAUGAAAUGGAAAGGGUAAGGGGAUUCGCUUAUUACAUGUCCCAAAAAGCAAUACGUUUUCUGCAAGAUCUUCAGAAAACGCCGGAGUUGUCUGGUGAAGAUUUUCUGGGGAAUUGCUCCGACAAUAACGAAGAAAAAGAGAACGCUAGGAACCUCCUCAAAUUCUUACUGGAAGAUGCAAAGAAGAAAUUCGUUGUAAAAACCGAUAACCUUGCUGGAAAAAGUUACCCAUACGACAGCAAAAUACAAGGAGGUUCUAAAAAGCAUUACGAUAUUAUUCAAAGUUAUGUCUUUAGAUUUAUUGCUCCGCAGAUUCAAUUACAGUGCAAUAUGAACCCCCAAAAGGCUGUGAUUAUAUCAAUCCAAAGUCUUCAAAUUAAGAUAUUGAGUAUUGUUGAUCCUACCUUUCCUGUCAAUGAUAUAAAUUAUCUUGUCGAACGAAGAUUUUUAUGUAAUGUUAACGAGUCCCAAUUUUUUACCGCUGAUGCGAAUGAUUUUAGAGUAUCUGAUUCAGCAACGCUAGUCUUAAAUAAAUACGGCUGUGAAAAUAAUUCGGUCUGGCCUCCUUGGGUCCCUUUAGAAACUACUUUCGACUUUGUACUGACGCCAGCCGCAUUUUCGAGGUUUUUACAUCGGGUAUCUUUUUCUGCUGUGUAUACAAAGCACAACGAUUUAAGACUUAAGGAAACUGUCCGUUCGAGAAGGAAAUAUUUCGAGGAUUUAGAUGUUCACACAGAUACUUUGACUUUUGAUGUUCCGCGAGUGGUAAUUUCGACAGACUCGUCGCAGUAUUACGACUUGUUCACAAUAAUAACUAAUCUGCUUCUUUAUCAAGAACCAUCCCAAAAGCAGAGGAGUCAACGUUUAGAAGAAAUAAUGUUAGCUGCUGACUUCAGUGAUUUAACCGGUACUCCCGAGAUGGUUGCUAUGUUGCAAAACAGGGUACAUCACUUGGAAGAAGUGAAAUUACAGCAUCAAUUAUAUGAUGUGACAUUCAAUGUUCAUGCUCAUAUUGCUCAACAACUGUUUUUGCAAAACGAGUUACAUCGUUGUGGGGAGGAGUUAUUCUAUUUGAUUGAAUCUAUCGCAAGCGUCCAAAGUCGGGGAGUAAACCAGAAUAAAACCAGAUCCAAUCUCAGCUGGUUUAUAAUGGCCAAAGAAGUUGUGUGGCAUUUACUGGAAGAUAACAAAAGACCGUUUUUGGACGUUAGUUUACAGAACGCCACAUUCAGACGCAUCGAAAAUACAGACUCUUCUAAUCUAAAUACCUUGGAAAUUGAGUCUAUGAAAGGCUCAAAUUUAGCUCCGGGUUGUCAAUUUGAAAACAUUAUAUGCCCAUAUUUCAACACCGAAUUUACCAACGAACAGUUAUUACAACAAAAAUUCAUUCGAGUCCAUUGGGAAUUAAUGGAGGCUGUUGCAGGUAUUCAGGUGGUUCAGCACUUUGAAAUCAACUUGUUUCCGUUAAGCUUGCAAAUAGAGCAUGAAUUAGCAAGUAAAUUGUUUGAUUUUGCAUUUCCUGGGAAUGAGAACAAAGGGAAUUUAUUUGGUAUGUAUUCGAAUCGUGCUGAACAUUCAGAAACCACAAACAAAGAAGUGGCAGAACAUACGCCUGGUCAUUUAUCUGAAAAUGACAACGCUGAAAAGAAUAAUUCUUCGCAGGAGCUAGGAUUAGAGAAAUACUUGGAUUUGGAUGGCAGAAGUGAGUUACAUGAAAUGUUGAAUCGUGCCGGAAAUAAUAUGUUGGUAGCUUACUUCAAAAUACCUAGCGUCGUUUUACGAUUGAGCUAUCGCGGCAUGAGUUCUUUAGGUUUGGAAAACAUUAACGGCUUUGUUUUAUCAGUUCCUACAUUAGAGUACCGAAAUGAAGUUUGUUCAUAUCUUGAUUUGGCUGUUUGGAUCAAGCAUGACCUAAUUCGUGCGGUACUUUCACAUUCUGGUAAAUUACUCGUUGACAAAGUGAAGGGCGGUCACAACGUCAAAGCGCAUGAACGAGAAAUGUCUGCAGAGUUGUUGAAUCUCCAACAAUUAUCCGCUGAGCAUCACCAUCCCGUGAAUUUGGAAAGCUUGGCAAUGAAUGCACAGUUAGCGAGUCUUCAAGAACCUACAAUUUUAGAUAAUUUGGAAGAAAAUCGGUCACUUGCUUCAGCGGCUAGCCGGAAGCUUGACAGUACGAGGUCAUCUGGAUCGCAAAACCGUUUCUGGGAAUACCAUGGUUCGCGAAGCAAAAAAUUGGCUGGGAUAAUCAAACGACAUAUCCCACAUUCUAAAAAGAGUAAAAAGUCUCGCGGAAAGAGUGCUAGCAGCAAUGACAAAAGUUCAGUAUUUGGUGAUGGCGAAUCUGCCGAUGAGGAACAGUAUGAAACUGUCAAACGAGAAUUAAUUCUUGGUAACCAUGAUAAUGUUUAG